GUCAAGUAUUGAAGGGUUUAGGUGCGGCAUGUAAAUAGAGCAGACUGUGUUGUGCCUGUGUUGUUAUGUAAUAUUUAUGAAAAUGAUUACAUAGUUCUCCAGAAGAGAUACACAAGCAAUUGAUGACUGUUGAUUCAUGGAUUGAAGAACGCGACGAUAAUGACACCAAGUCAUGAUAACUGGAUUAGAAAAUUUAUUGUAUCUGAUCCGAGAAAACAUAAAAAAGGUUUCACCGUUUACAAAGUAACGUCAAUAGUAUAUGCAGAGUCAUCUCCUGAGGCACUGGCAAAGACAGUUGUAUGGAAGAGAUACAAUGACUUCAAGAAACUUCAUAACCAACUGCAGAUAAAACAUAAAAAGCUGUAUCUGAAGGACACUUUUCCACCAUUUGUGAAAGCAAAAUUUUUUGGACGGUUUGAAGAUGAUGUCAUUGAGGAAAGGAGGAAGUGUGCAGAGUCAUUGUUGCAGUUUGCAUCUCAGCACUCUGCAUUAUAUAAAUGCAGUGCUUUUGUUAAAUUUUUUGAGUCUGGUUACACAGUCACAGAAAAUAUAGUGGAGGAAGCUCCUAUUGUUCUAGUUACAGGAAGUGAUGAAAUAACAAAUAAUACUCCAUCAUUGUUGGACUCAUUGGGCAGCAGAAUGCCACAGGAAAGUGUUGUACCAAGGACUGAUGCAGAGGGUCCUUAUCUGAAGCUAGAAGGUACUUGGAAAUUUCCGCAAGUCCCUGAUUCAAUAUCAUGGAGUUCACAUAGUUCAGAUGAAAGGACUACUUUUACAGAUACUGAUUCUGCUAUCAGUGGUGUUAGUACUCCUUUACAGGGUUCAGAUCUUCAGUUUUUUGAUCCUUUGCAAUCUCCAGAAAGAACAAGUAGAGCAACAUCAUCACAAGUCAGCAAUAGCUGGUUACUUUCAAUGCCAACAUCUUCAGUAACAGAAGAUGACCUCACAUCAUACAGCAAUGAACAGACCAUCAGGGCAUCUAGUGAUGGAAAUUGUUUGAUACUUGAUGCUAGUAAGCUUACUCUGUAUGAUAGCCAAGCUUUAGAAACUGUGACAAAAGAAACUGGGCAUUCUGAGCAAGUAAAUUGUGCCUCAGAACUAAGCAACUGCAACCGGCAGGAUGUAGCUCUGGGUGACAUAUUUGGUACUACUUCUGGUCAGGAAGCUGGCUACAUAUUUGAAGCAGCACAUCAUGUAACUCUAGCCCAGCAGCAGGAGGCAAAUGGGAACUAUGAAGCAGCUUUUACUUGCUACAAAACAGGAAUUGCCUGUCUUCUGAAUGGAGUACAAAAUGACCCAGACUCACAACGGAAAAAGUUUGUUCGUGACAAAACAGCAAAAUACCUCCUCCAAGCAGAAAAAUUGUAUAAUGAAAACUUAGCACCAAAAUUGAAGGAGUCUUUUCACUGGAAUGAGUCUGAACAUCAGCUAUCAAGACAUUCCUCAGAACUGAAGUCCUACAAAGUCCUUGGAAUUAUUGAUAGAGUGAUGUUGGCUCUAAAUAGACAAGAAAACAAGUGCUAUGUUAUUAAGGUUCUGCACAAGUCACCAUGUCCUGCCGAUCAAAACAGAAAAACAAUUCUUCCUCAGAAUGUACCAUACAUGGUAAAAAUGUACCAUUACAUAGAUACAGAGUCUGCUGUAUUCCUUAUACUACAGCAUGCAAGUGGUGGAAGACUUUGGGACCAUAUCAGCUCUUAUUUUGAAUCACUACCCAAUACUCCUAUACACAUUUCAACCAAAGGCAAUGCUUAUUAUGGUAAAAAUGUCACCCAUAAAGUAAAACAAGAUGGCUAUGAGACAGAAAUGUUGUCUUCACCUGAGGAAGUGAAGGAAGUUGAAGAAACUCCUAAAGGCAAUGACACCUGUUCAGUAUCAAGUCAGGAUAAUAGUUAUCUGGAUCUGAUACGUGAUUAUGAGUCUGCAUCAAAAACAGUAUCUGUCCACUAUAGAGAUGAUUCUUCUUUUGUUGGAAAGGAUUUAAGGAACCUUGAUGAAUUGCUUGGUGGAACGGAAGCUAAUAUGACUGAUGCCAAUGGUAAUUCCAUCAAGUGUCCUGUUCCAAGUGUAAGUGUAAAAAAUGGGCCAGAAAGACCAUUUCCAAGCUAUGGUGAAACAGGGGAGACUUACAGAGCUGUGGACAUACAAGCUGCAAGUAAGCAAUUGCAUGACCAGCCAUCUUCUAAUUCAGAUCCUGCAGUGGAUGCAUUCUCCUUUUCAUGGAAGAAUUUAGAGAGAUUAGAGACUUAUGAUUUGCUAGAGAAUGCUCAGAAAUUGAUCAGAUCUGUGAAUGAAACACUUCUUGAAAGUGAAGUUGAGCUAAGACACAUUGACAGCCCAGUUUCAGAUUCAAAUGGCAUUUAUACAUCACUCUGUGAGAAAAGGAGCACAAACUCAAAUAUACAUGCAGAAAAUGGGAAUAAUGAAGUAAAGAAUACUAGCCAACCAAAUGACACUGUUGACAGAGUUGUCUGCAGCAAGACAGACAAGAAAACAUCAAAGAAUGUGAUUCGAGGGAAGUCUUCAGAACCAGCUGGUAGAACAAGAGAGACUCGGACCUCAACCAAUAGACGACGGUCUGUUAAUAGUCGAUCAGAAAGAAGAUUUAGUACUGAUGAUAUGUGUGAAGGGCGUGCAAGGACCAUGUCUGGUAGUCUGGAUCGAGGUCAUCAAUGGUCGAGAUUUCUUUCAAUGAAUGAUUGUCAUAGACCACUGCUGCCAGAAGCUACAGUUCGUGAGUGGGCUGCGCAGUUAGUUCUUUGCUUGGAAUCAUUGCAUCAGUGGGGAAUUAUCUGCAGGGAUUUGCAUCCAGAUAACAUUCUGUUGGGAGAAAGAGGCUCUCUAUUGGUAUCAUAUAUGUGCCAGUUGGGAGCAGUUGAUUCUGUUAUUAAUGAAGAAGCUGUGAACUCCUUGUACUGUGCACCUGAAGUAAAAUCCAUAUUUCCAGUGACACCAGCUGCUGAUUGGUGGAGCUUCGGUGCUAUCCUUUUCGACUUACUGACAGGAAAGGCACUAGCUUCUUGUCAUCCAGCGGGAAUUCAGAGUCAUACAGUCUUAAAUGUUCCGGAUUAUGUUUCAAAGGAAGCAGUAGAAAUUCUAACAGAGCUUCUGAGGUAUGAUCCUGAAGAAAGACUUGGUUCUGGCAUUAAUGGGAUUGAAAAACUGAAGUCGCAUCCUUUCUUCAAAGGUAUAGACUGGAAAGCUAUGCUAGUCAAGAGUUCAUGAACUGGAUAUAUAUGCUAUUUAAUGUGAGCUAUGUUUGUCAAGCUUUUAAUUCAGACUUGUUCAGCAAGAUUACACAUGUUAUACAGAUAAGAUGAUCUGUACACUUGCAUAAUAAUGCUUUUAAAGCUGGAGAAAUCAAUCAUAAGAGAUUCUGUAAGCUUUAUUGCUUAUUUUGUGACUGAAAAAAAAGCAUUUAAAUUAUGUCUCCCAUGAUUACCGAUCUGAAACGAAUUGAAGGAGAAAGAUUGUCUCUGGUUUCAUAAAUUGGCUUUAAAAACAUUAUCUGACACACUGACUUAGAUUCCUUUUCGAAUGUUAUUGUACAGCUAUGUAAAUAUAUAGAAUACAUAAUGGCCAGCCAGUAGACUAAUGUCAUUAUGUAGACUGUGUUACCAAGGAAAGUGGUUGUCAGUGUGUUUCAAAGUCUUUGCAUCAAACAUCUAGGGACGAUAGAUUGUUUUAAGAGAAAACUUCUGUUAGAGACAAAAUGUUCACUGACAAUUUCUGGCAAUGUUAGAUGUCCUAAAAUGUUAUUCCCCAUGAUACAAUCUAUCACCUCUGAUUGUUUGACGUAAAUACUGUGUGUGUGUGCGUGUGUGUGUUUGUAAGAAAGGUGUACAAUUGUUGCUUUAAAUUUCAAAUACUGCAGAUCACUAUGUAUCUCAUGAACUUGAUUAGUAAAACAUCUGUUCAAGAUUCUAGUUUCUGGACAAAAGAGAAAAGAACUUCCUGUUGUAUAUUUAUGUGUAAUUGAAAGUUAUUCUGUGCGUGUCUUACUUGAAGAAUAUUGUGCUUGUGAUGCAUGCAGACAGUGGAGUUUGGUGCAGAUAUUGUGAUGUGAUUAUAUAUGAUAAUAUUGUGACAUAUAUACCCAGCCCCAAAAUUUUGCAUAAUGCUGACCAUCUUCUUUUAUGUCACAGUCAUUGAAAGGGCACUAAACAGAAUGGACUGAUAACAAAAGCUGACUAGAUGAGAGCACAAGGAAGACAAAGAUGGUGCCUCCCAGCGACACUUACACUAGCACCUUUUAAAAUUUCACUUGUGUAACGUAUUAUUUGUAGUACUACACUGGAAUAAUUUGCUGUUAGACCAUAGAACGGUAUGGGAAGGUGAGAAUGACAUAAUUUGUGACCAAACUUAACAGAAUUAGUUGAAAUGCAAUAGUCAAAGCAUUUUUUUGGAAAUUGGUUUGUGAUGUAUAGUGGAGUGUGCAGUUUACAGCAGACAAUUACAUUUUGAUAUCUUUAAAUGCUUAAUGAUGAAUGUAGCUGUGCAUAAUGUGCAUGCUUUAUUGUAUGAACGUGCACUCAGAACAAUAAGCAGUGGUUUUGAGUUUAUUUGGUGUAACCCAGGUCUGGAUUUUUUUUGUACAUUUACAGCUCGGCACAACACAGACUAGUCAAUAAAACCAUUCUGUAAAUUUAGUUUGCAGCAAAUUACUCAGUGGUGCUUGAGACAGCAGAGAACUCAGAUUAACAUUUCCAAAGUUUUUUAUGAAUACUAGUGUUUUCAGGUGACAGUCCUGGUAACUUUUUCUAAAUGGUAGAUAUAAAACAAUGAUGUGCCAACAGUCGCUAUUACAUGGCUCUAUCAUGUGGCAGUCUGUCAAGAGUACACAAUGUACAUUGCUUUAGGAAGUCUGUACAAAAGCUAGCCUUCAGGAACAGAAUGAUAGAAUUGUAAGCUAGUAUGCUUUGCUCAUUAUUUUUAAAGUUGUGAUGCGUGCAGUACAAAAUUUGGUCACAUUAAUAUAUAUGUAAAUAACAGAUUUGUGAUCAUAUUUGAAAGUUGUCAUAUAGUAUUAUAUUUGAAGAUAUCUGCUUGUAGGUAAAACUAUAAUCAUCUGAUAUCUAUUGUACCUGACUCAAAAUUUGUGAUAGUUCCUGUAUUUCUUUCUUAGUAAUUACUCUUUCCUGUUCUGUCAUUGUUAAUGCAUAUUACUCAUAUGUUUCAAAAAUAUAUAUUUUACAAUAAUUGUGAAUUGUGUCUUUCAGCCACAAUUUGUUCAACAUUCCAUUACUCAGACUGAGAUAUGUUGAUAUUUGUACACAACAUGUUUAAUACAAAACUUUGAUGACUCGGCAUUUUGGUAGUUUGAAUGAAAGACUAGAGAUAUUGUCACUACUGUCCGAAAACCAGUUUUCUGUAAUGUCCAUGUACUAAUAUCUUCUUCACAUAUGUGUUGCUCAUAAAAAAAGAUACUGACAUGCCACUUUCAAAUCAGAUUAUUAAUAAAAUGUAUGAAGAAUGUUCUGUACUUCUUUUUUCCUUUCUUGGAGAUGAUAAGAGUGUAAAAUGAGAAUAUAUAUAGUUCAUGUAAUGAACCUGUAACUUUUAUGUAUGAGAAUACAUUGCUGUUUGUUGACUGAACAGUUAAUUAGUUUGAUUACUCUUCAUUGUACUUCUGGGCAAACAUUCAUCUGUUUUGUUUCAAACUUGUUAAAUAAUUGUUUAGCUCUUUUAUAUAUUGACAUCAGUAGAGGAGAGACCAAAUUUAGAGCUUUAUCUAUGAAAUAAAAGAAAGUUUACUAUGUGUGAUAUUGAAUACUCAGUAAUAAAUAGUACUUGUGGAAUUUAUAAGAGUAAAUAAGUAAUUUCUGUUUAACAUUAUUUAGUUGUGUAGUUGAUGGUGGACAGUGUUGCAGCUUCAUUUAUCUGUCUUCAUUUAGUUUAUUGUGAACAGUAUUACAGUGUGUUGUUUUUUAGCACAAUGUGUGCACUUCAGUGAUUCUUUAUUCCAUUCAAAAAGUGCUUGUAAUCAAUGGCCUCAUGAUGAAGUUAUAUUUAAGCUGGUUAACCCCUUAGGUGUGAAUUCCCAACCACCCUUGUAGUGUGAUUUUUACUGCAUGUAUUUGAGGGUGCUAUGUACAAUGCACACUACAAACACUACAUCUGCUAAACUACACAAGAAAGCAUUCUGAGAAAGAUAGUACAAACAGUACUAUAAAAAUGAAAUGGACAAAUUUCUUCAGUUACAAACAGUGUAGCGUGGCUUUAAAAAGAACAUUUCAAAGUGUGUGUGUGUGUGUGUGUGUGUGUGUGUGUGUGUGUGUGUGUGUGUGUGUGUGUG